AUGCGCAUCAAGCUGGCUCUAUGCCUCUGCCUGGCGCUCUGCGGAGCACUGGGCCUGGCUCAGGACGAGCCUGUCGUCGAAAAGGAGGAGCUGGAGAACAGCGCAGAGCUGAGCAGCAUCGAGGAGAACGACGCCGAGCAUGACUCGUCCCUGUGGAGGAAGCUGUUCGGCACCGGCGACAUCGGCAGCAGUGGCAACUUGGUUAUCACCUUCCCAAGCAGCAGCACCACCACUACUAAGAAGCCCAAGACCACGACAAAGAAGCCGCACGAUUCAUAUCCCAAGUACCCUCCCUACUACCCUCCGUACUAUCCUCCGUACUAUCCACCACCUCCUUAUCACGGGUACCAUCCUCAUCCCGGCCCUGGAGGCCCCGGCGGACACGGCGGACACGGGCCUGGCGGCCCUGGAGGCCCUGGAGGCCCCGGAGGUCACGGGCCUGGCGGCCCUGGCCAUCAUCACACAACAACAACAACUACCACAACAACUACAACGAAGAAGCCUGAUCAUCCUCACCAUCCGCAUUAUCCAUAUCCACCACCGCACUACUAUCCUCCUUACCCGUACUACCCACCCCCACCACCACCUCCACCACGCCCACCACCAAGCCAAGACUCUGACGAGAGCACCGAAGCCCCUGCGAAGCUCUGCAAGAAGGUCAUUCCCUUCGGCAUCCUGUGCUUCUAA